AUGAAAGUCAUCAAUCAUAUCCAGUUGCAGUCGGCAAAGUUCGAUCUCCUCCGCAUGUUGCUGUCAAAGAUGCGUGAGAAUGUUGAAGAGAUGGGAUUGACUGGAGAUAUGCAGGUUCACGUCAUCGAAGUGAAACCCAUACCAAAUAAGAUGCCCCAGCAAUCUAUCGAUGACGCUUUUGGUGAGGUUGCAAUGCCAAGACAGGCCUUUGGACAGUGGCGAAACAGUGAUGAGGAGAACAAUGAGAUAAUGAAUCGCUGGGACGGACCACAGUGGGGACAGGAAAACAGAUGGCCCCAGGAGAAUCACAUGUUCGAGCCCUUCCAAGAUGCUCCCGGAGAACCCCAAGAUAGAUCACGCAUCAUUAAUGAGAACCAAACACCUCAGCGAGUUGUGACGGAGCUUUUUGGAAACACUGCACCUGAGGUUAUUGGACACAUGCUUGGACAGAAAAACCCACCAGCUCAACCUUGGCCUCAACCUUGGGCUAUGCAGCCACAAAUGUGGGAUCAGCCGCAUUGGGAUCAGCCUCUGAUGCCUCAACAGGCUCCACCCAUGGUCUACUUCUUCAAUCCGAUGCCGCAGCCACAACAGCAGUUCCAGCAGCAGCCACCACCUCCACCAGUUUUCCAGCCCAUCGCAAACCAAAAUCAGUUCCCACUCCCGGUUCAAAACCAGCUUCAGGCUGCUAUUUUGCCUCAGCCGUUUCCGAUCGACAAUAACAACAAUGUGAACGCAUUCAAUGAGAACGCAAUGAAGCCGUGGUACAUGAGUGGAGACGAUCAGAGAUGGCAACAGACAUGGGAAAACAACAACAAGAAUACGGCAGUCGUUGGACAAGGAGUAGUCCCGCAGCCUGCUCCUGAACAGCCAGCAGGGCACGACAGCGACGGCAUUGAUGGCUUCCCCAGAGAG